AUGCUCUUCUCCCAUCCCAUUCGCCUUCCCUGGACUUCCUUGCGAUCGCUAAGGUCUCCUUUAAAACCAUCGAGGCUAUUCUCUACUUCCCGCCCACGCUUCACAAUCGAAAUGGGCACUGUGGACACCGGCGCACGCCUUUCGCAGCUGAGGCAGCUGAUGAAAGAGCACAAGGUUGAUGUGUAUAUCUCGCCUUCCGAAGAUAGUCACCAGUCCGAAUACAUUGCCCCAUGUGAUGGUCGCCGAGGAUUUAUUUCAGGCUUCUCUGGCUCGGCUGGUACCGCGGUCAUCUCCUUGAGCCAAGCUGCGCUUUCCACCGAUGGACGAUACUUCAACCAGGCGGCGAAGCAGCUUGAUACCAACUGGACCCUACUUAAGAGUGGAGUCGAGGGAGUUCCAACGUGGCAAGAAUGGACUACGGAACAAGCCCAGGGUGGAAAGGCCGUGGGCGUGGACCCUUCCUUGAUCACUGCCUCUGGUGCACGGAAACUCGCUGAGACUCUUGAGAAGAACGGAUCGUCACUUGUCGGAAUCCAGCAAAACCUGAUUGACCUGGUUUGGGGCAACGAGCGUCCUGCGCGUCCGAGUGAAAAGGUGCGCGUGCACCCAGUGAAGUAUGCCGGCAAAAGCUUCCAAGAUAAGAUCGCCGAUCUGCGCAAGGAGCUCGAGACAAAGAAACAAGCAGGUUUCAUCAUCUCCACUCUGGAUGAAAUCGCCUGGUUGUUUAACCUGCGAGGAAGCGAUAUUCCCUACAAUCCUGUGUUCUUCUCCUACGCUGUCAUCACCCCGACUACUGCAGAGCUCUACGUGGAUAGCGAAAAGCUUACCCCCGAGGUGAAGGCUCAUCUCGGUGACGAUGUGGUGAUCAAACCAUAUGAAUCCAUUUUCGCUGAUGCUCAGGCUCUGAGCAACGCCAGAAGCCAAUCUCAAGGCGAGGCACCUGCCAAGUUCUUGUUGUCUAACAAGGCCUCUUGGGCACUCAGCCUCAACUUGGGAGGAGAGGAUCAGGUCCAGGAGUCCCGCAGCCCGAUCGGAGACGCCAAGGCCGUUAAGAACGAGGCUGAAUUGGAGGGUAUGCGCGCCUGCCACAUUCGUGAUGGCGCUGCUCUAUCGGAGUAUUUUGCAUGGCUCGAGAAUGAGCUGGUUAACAAGAAGACUGUGCUGGAUGAAGUCGAGGCCGCGGAUAAGCUGGAGCUGAUCCGUUCCAAGCACGAGCUUUUUGCUGGUCUUUCUUUCGACACUAUCUCAUCUACUGGCCCUAACGGUGCUGUGAUCCACUACAAGCCGGAGAAGGCAAGCUGCUCAAUCAUUGACCCCAAUGCUAUCUAUCUUUGCGACUCUGGCUGCCAAUACUUUGAUGGAACUACUGACACCACCCGGACUUUCCACUUUGGUCAGCCCACUGAGUUUGAGAAGCGGGCCUUUACUCUUGUCCUCAAGGGCUGCAUUGGCAUUGACACCGCAGUAUUCCCUAAGGGUACUAGCGGUUUUGCCAUUGAUGUUUUGGCUCGCCAGCAUCUGUGGAAGGAGGGCCUAGACUUCCUCCACGGUACCGGUCAUGGAGUCGGUUCCUACUUGAACGUCCACGAGGGUCCCAUUGGCAUUGGUACUCGCGUCCAGUACACCGAAGUUCCCAUCGCCGCCGGAAACGUCAUCUCAGAUGAGCCCGGAUACUACGAGGAUGGCAAGUUUGGAAUUCGGAUUGAGAACAUCAUCAUGGCACGCGAGGUCAAAACCCCCAACAACUUUGGCGAUAAGCAAUGGCUAGGCUUCGAGCACGUUACCAUGACUCCCAUUGGCCGCAACUUGAUUGAGCCAUCGUUAUUGAGCGAUUCCGAGAUCAAGUGGGUUAAUGAUUACCACACUGAGGUGUGGGAUAAGACAAACCACUACUUUAACUCGGAUGAGUUGACCCGCAAGUGGCUUGAGCGUGAAACUAAGCCAAUUUCCAAGUAA